GUGCUGCGCGUGCGCUCAAAGUACGCAACGUGAGUGCGCGCGAGAGAGCUUUCAAGUUCGUAACGGGCACCGUGAGGACCGCAAGGCCCCCGGAUCGAGGUGACUUAAUUGACUCCAGGCGGAAGCCGGAAAGGAUUACCGUGGCGAAUGGUGCUGGCGGUCAUGGUGGUGGUGUUGCGUGUUGCGUCCGACCUGGCAGAGGUUAAAGUUAAUCAUUCUGUUGACGACGUGCUUGGAAGCAAAGUAGGCGAUGAUGCCCUAGCGAUCACCGGGUGAAGCGUGCGCUUGUGGAUCCUACCACAGAAACACUCCGCCAGGCCGCGGGAAGGGACAGGAUUCGGUGGUGGCAGAGACCGGCGGGCAAUGAUGUCGCCGGAGAGCAACGGCGAACCGGAACCGGUGGUGACGACACCGGGAGCCAAGCGGAGCCGCAGUUUCGGUAGUGUGGACGAUGAGACGAGCAGCUCGCUCAACCUGACGGAAGGACUCCAGUUCGGUGCGUCCGAGUUGCUGAAGGUGUUCGGAUACGGGGCGGCACCGUGCGCGAAACGGGCCCGCCAACCGACCGACGAGGCCGAGGAUGCAGUGUGCAGUGAUGGCGAGGGACGCGGUGGGGCGAAGGUGCACGGCUGUGGCACCGGAAGUGCUGCCAGUGAUCGCAGCAGUAGUAGUAGCUGCCCAACCGUCCUCUACGGUGCCAGUGCCAAGUGUGACACGCUCAACAACAACAGCCCCACUAGCGGCAAUCACAAUAUCGGCAACAACGCUGCUGCUGGUGGUGGUGGUGGGUCGAGCUGCGAUAACAACAACUCGAUCGGCGAGAUGGACGAGAGCAAGUUUAGUGAGUUCAGUAAGUUUCUGGCCGACAGUGAGAAGGACGAAAGUAUGGCCACCAUCCUGGAGCUGCUGCACGAUAACUAUGGACUGAUCCAGCGAUAUGCGUCCGGGUACGACUGUAAGCACGAGAAGUGUCAGUACGAGAGCCUGCACGAGCACUUUCACUGCCACGACACGUUCUGCCGGGGGAAAGUGCUCUACAAGAAGUACGAAAUCAUACGGCACCUGAAGUGGCACAAGAAGCGGAAGGAGUCGCUCAAGUACGGUUUCUAUCGAUUCUCGUCGUCCGACGACUGCAGCAUACAGUACGGGGCGUGCCAACACAACUACAAGCACACCCACUACCACUGUGUGCACGAGAACUGUGAUAAAGUCUACAUUAGCACCAGCGACGUCCAGAUGCACGCCAACUACCACCGGAAGCACGAGGCGAUCGUCAAAAACGGCUUUCAGCGGUUCCGGGCCACGGAAGAGUGCAACACGGACCACUGUGCGUUCCGAGCGCAACGGACUACGCAUUUUCACUGUCGGCGUGAGAACUGCAAGUAUACCUUCAAGAACAAAGCGGACAUGGAGAAACACAAAACCUACCACCUGAAGGACGAGAUGCUGCUGCGCGAUGGCUACAAAAAGUUCCUUAAAACGGAGGACUGCACCUACAAGGACUGCCGGUUCUCGCGGGUCUGCAACCACAUUCACUGCAUGCACGAAAACUGUCACUACGUCCUACACUCGAGCGGCCAGCUGCUCAGCCACAAGCGGAAGCACGAGCGCAUGGACACGGAAGUGGACUACCGGCGGUUCCAGAUGGUGCGCAGUUUACUCUCGAAACUGAACCCCGGAAAGGCGGAGGAUUCUCUCGCAAAGCCCGUCCCUGGUGAUGCACCCCGGGAAGCUCAGGACGAACUUGAAGAGUCGAUCUCACCCGGCCCGGUAACCGCCGCCACCGAGGGCACGAAAAAUCCUUUUCUCGAUCUGCUCGCCGUGAUGGCGGAGAUCACGUUCCGGACGUUGCCACUGCAAAUGAUGUACCACAUGCGGCUGCAGAUGCUACAGAGCAUGGGCUAUGAGCAUGUUUUUGCGCCGGAGAAUGUCGAAAUGCUGCGCAGUCUGUCGCUGGUGGGGCCGAGCUUUGAGGAGGCUUACCUGAACCAGCUCUACGGUGGUCUAGGAGGACCAUCGGCACCGGUGGAUCAAAGCUGCAGUCCGUUGGUUGACCGAUCGCCUGCCGCGAAGCGGAAGUACAAGGUCGAGAUGCCAUGUGAAGUCCCUGAACUGGUUAGUCCCUCGGAUGUGCCGCUCUGUAUGAAGAAGGAACCGCUCAGCCGGACACCACCUCGAUCGAAGCUACUGUCGAACCCGUCCGUUGACUAUCGACUACUGAAACGGGAUGAUAGUGGUCCGACGAUGGCAACCACUCCGACCAGCUCUAGGCGAUCGCCUCUCGAGGCACCCGGAUCGAGUGCUGUGGACCGUGAUCGGUCGCUACUCGAGACGGCCAACUUCCUGCAGUUUAGCUCCAGUAAAACGCUGUUCAAUCGCAAACGGGGUCGCCCACGGAAGAACCACGUGAUGGAGGUGUACAAUAAUGCACAGGACUCCCCGCAAGCCAUAUUCACUAGUUUCAAGUUGGAGAAAAGUGACUCCAAGCCGCCCUCGGAAGCGACGGUUCCACUGGACUCCCUGUGCAAGGACUCGGACCGGAAUGUGCCCAGUUCGAGGCAAUACCUCCCCGGAAGCCAUCACAACAUCGCGGGAGUGGGCCAGCUUGGUGGACCAGACUCGGCAGGGAUUUUCGGUAACUUCUCACAGCUGCUAGAGCGCCACAUGCGAGAAGUGAAACACGAGCCGGUGGCCACCGUGACACAGGGUGCGCCAGAUCAGACAUGCCGCGAUAAGAGCCGCAGUCACCUGAAGUGCGUCGUCUGUGAGAACCUCUUCGAAACGUUUGCCGACAUCAAGAACCACGAGUGCCACGGAGACCGGGCGGCCAUAGAUAAGCCACUGUUGGCCUUUCCACCGGUAGCCACGGCCGGGCCACCGGGACUGAUCCAUUAUCGGGGAUCGACUUACUGUGGGCCGGGCUUACCGGAACCAUCUCGGGCGACGGUCUUAACGGCGGGGAUGGGAGCACCACACCAUCAACCGAAAGACGUCACCUCGCUGGUGAAAACGGCCGGAACGUUCUUCCCGGAUGUGAACGCGAACAAAGUGAAAUUUUCAUGAUUGGCGCAGCGUCAGCUUCGGGUGCGUUGAUAAGGAGCAGAGCGUUGAUGUUUAUCAUUUUUAACGUGAAAAUGUUUGUAAAUUAUGUGUCAUACGGUGUGGCAGUAGUUCGGUGAAUUCCAUAGCAGACUAUCAUUUAAUAGAAAGCCAUCUGAAGCGGAGAGCGCGCUCUAAUCAACCCAGCACGUGGUAGUAAUGUUAAUUAAGCAGUAGCAGGUUUCGCGGUCUGUAAAGUGACUGUAAAAAAGACAGGCCAUCAGAGAACUAUCGGGUAUUUGUAGUGAAGUAGUCGAAUUGAGCACUGUACA